GCAGAAGAAGAAGCAGGUGGAGGGUGAAGGCGGAAGCAGCAGCCGCAGCAGCAGCCGCAGAUCUCUGAGACCAUGGCCGCCUCCAGCCCCGAGGCCCCCGUCGUGCUGGUGGAGGAGCUCCCUUCGGACCCGCUGCUGCACGUCCUGUCCUUCCUGAGCUUCAGGGACCUGAUCCACUGCAGUUAUGUCAGCAGGAGGCUGAACGAACUGUCCAAACACAACCCGCUGUGGAAGAGUCACUGCUCCAAACACUGGCUGCUGACAGAUGCGGACCGGCUGCAGAGUGGGCUGUCCUGGUUCUGUCUGUUCAAACAGAACUACAGAGACCUGGGUCGCUACAUCCAGUUCUACCCGGAGCUGAAGAGAGCGUGGGAGCAGCUGAAGAGCUUCCUGCAGCAGAGGUGUCCACGCAUGAUCGCAUCCCUCAAAGAGGGCGCCACCGAGGUGGAGCUGAACGACAUCGAGGCUCAGAUUGGCUGCAGUCUACCACAUGACUACCGCUGCUCGUACCGCAUCCACAACGGACAGAAGCUGGUCAUCCCCGGGCUGAUGGGCAGCAUGUCUCUGUCCAACCACUACCGCUCGGAGGUCCUGCUGGACGUGGAGACGGCGGCGGGCGGCUUCCAGCAGAGGAAGGGGAUGAGACGCUGCCUGCCCCUCACCUUCUGCUUCCACACCGGGCUCAGUCAGUACAUGGCGCUGGAGCCCGCCGAGGGACGCAGGAUGUUCGAGAGCUUCUACCCCUGCCCCGACCAGACGGCUCAGGAUCCCUCGGCCAUCGACAUGUUCAUCACAGGUUCCUGUUUCGUAGAGUGGUUCACAACCUACGUCCACAACGUGGUCACAGGAGAAUAUCCAAUCAUCAGAGACCAGAUCUUCAGGUACGUGCACGAUAAAAAUUGCGUGGAGACCACUGGUGACAUCACCGUCUCAGUUUCUACCUCUUUCCUGCCGGAACUUUCCUCCGUCCACCCGCCGCACUUCUUCUUCACCUACCGCAUCAGGAUCGAGAUGUCGAGCAGCGCUUCGCCCGAAGCCGCCUGUCAGCUGGACAGCCGCUACUGGAAGAUCACCACGUCCGACGGCAACGUGGAGGAGGUCCAGGGCCCCGGCGUGGUCGGAGAGUUUCCCGUCAUGACGCCUGGAAAAGUCCAUGAAUACGCCAGCUGCACCACGUUCUCCACGCCCUCAGAGUACAUGGAGGGUCACUACACCUUCCACAGACUCGCCAAUAAGGAAGAGGUGUUCCACGUGGCGAUCCCUCGCUUCCACAUGGUCUGCCCCCCCUUCAGGGAGCCUGUGGUACGAACGCACAAACCCUCCACCAGCCUCACGCCACGCCUCGACGACCACGACCCGGACGAGUACUGUGACGGGGACGGCGAUGACUUCGGGGACCUGAGAGGAAUCAACAUGGCCGCCCUGGAGGGGGCGUGGUGUCCCCGACACAUCUGACCUCUGCCCCCCCCUCACUGCAGUGUGAUGAACUCUAUUCAGGCCUGGUUGGCGAUCGACUCUGUUCCGUGUGGAGCAGGGCGUGGCCGGACGCUGAGGUGCAGUUUCCUUCUUUUCUUACAACCUUUCUCUUUGUGAUCAGAAACUGUCGGGCGAGAAGGACGACACGAUGAUGUCACCGUCUUCUCCUCCACUCAAAGGAUGUGGUCCAUCCAUCAGCUGACUUCCUGUUCAGUGUCCAUGAGGCAGCGACCAGGAGCAAGUGGGAGCUCUUUGUUUUAGUUUGUUCCUCCGUAGAAAGAUUUGGUUCUUUGUGUUUAAAUCGUUUCCACUGCAGGAGGCUGGUUCGGCCUCAUCAUGGAUGAUGUCAUCACUGGUCCACCAAUCGGUUUCUCUCUGAUUUUAAACAUGAACUUCAUUUGAACAGAACCAACAGGAUUCACUUCAGUUUGACUCUGAUCAGUGUAAGAGCGCCCUCUGCAGGACCACAGGGCAAACUACUGGCAGCACAAGAUGGAGGCUUCGUCCACACUGACCCUUUUCACUGCAGAGGAGACCAUCUACUUCCUGUUUACAUCACAUGACCCACAGUACGUCUGCGGUCAUGUGACGUGUUGUCUGGUGUUUCUUUUGAGAUGAAAACACUUCAGUGUGGACGCAGCCUCAGACACAGAACAGGUCAACAGGUCGUCUUCUUGUGCUCGGUUGUUACAGUAGAAUCAACGUCUUUCUUCUUCUCUUCAUUUCUUCAUUUGCUUGUUUCUCAAAACAUGAAAUCUUCUUCCUGACGUUGACGCUAACCAACAGUUUGAUAUAAGCUCAUUUAUUUACCUCAUGUCUCCGCACAUUACGCCAACGAUGUUACGACGUAUUAUUUUGAAAGGUCGUUUCCUGCAGUGGAAAAAUAAUCAGUGUUUCUCUGUUUCCUGAAAGCAAGUGAGGAACAGACUGGGCUUUUAUUUUGGAGGAUGCUGCGUGGUCAUGUUUUGUUCUCGGGAUGUUUCUCCCUCCUCGUGAGGAGGCGUUGUCGUUGUCACGCUCUGAUGUGGUUGGUGGGUUUGUUUUUGUAUGUUUUGGUUAAAUAAAAAAGAAACUGACAACUGUUA